CCCAAAUCAGCAGCAACAGCUUACAGCAACAGCAGCGCCGCGAACUACGCCGGGGGUCACCCGGGAACAGCCGAACACCUGGUCACGCCAUCGCCUCUGCCGCCGCUGCGCGCACCCGCCUGGUCAGCAGCAGCAGCAGCUCCAUGACAGCGGCUUCUGCGCUUGCGCCUGCCGCGACCGCUGGCAACAGGAAAGCGCAGCUAUGCGGCCACACCAGCAGCAUUGGACAUGCCGAGGCCGCAGCGCCGCUCGUGCCUGUGGGCGACCGCUAUGAGGGUGCGGUGGAUGCACGCGGGCGGCCGCACGGGCUGGGGGCCAGGGCGUACGGCGACGGGGGGCGCCACGAGGGCCGCUGGCGGCACGGGUCGCGGCACGGCCAGGGCGCCUACGAGGCGGCUGACGGGUUCCGCUACGUGGGCGCCUUCGUGGGGGACGUGGCGGAGGGGUUCGGCUGGGCGCGGCUGGCGAACAGCGGCGAGUACGAGGGCGAGUGGCGGGCGGGCCGCCGCCACGGCUGGGGGCUGUACGUGCACCGCGGCACCGCGGCGGCGGCCGGGGCAGCAGCAGCUGCGGCGCAGGCGGCGGUGGCGCCGCGGGGGGCGGGCAGCAGGCCUGGUGCCGGGGGCAGGGGCAGCAGCGCGCAAGCCAUGGCCGCCACCCCCGGCCCGCCUGGCGCUGCCGUGGAUGUCGGGGUGAUGGUGUAUGAGGGGCAGUGGGAAGACGACAUGAUGCAUGGUCUGGGUCGCUUCCUGCAGGCGGGGGCGGUGUUUGAGGGCCGCUACUGCCGCGGCCGACGAGUGGAGGGGCACUGGGUGGCGGCGGACGGCCGCACCACCUAUUCCGGCGGGUUUGAGGGUGGCGAGCGGCACGGGCAGGGGCUGCUGGUGGAGGAGGGCGUGUGCCGCUACCGGGGCCAGUGGGUGCAGGGCGCGCAGGAGGGCCGCGGCCAGUGCCAGUACGCCGACGGCAGCAGCUACAGCGGCGACUGGCGGGCCGGGGUCUGGCACGGCCUCGGCGAAUGGCGUGAGCGAGGCCCUCCCGCGCCCCUGGAAGAAGAAGCGGUGGGCGCUCCAGCUGCCACCGCGGCAGCAGCGGUGCAGGGUGGAGAGACGGUGGCGGCUGCUAAGGAUGCUGGCACAGUUCUUGGGGCCCUCAGGAGUGGAGGAGUGCCGGGCGCGGAGGGCGGGCCGGCUGACGGCGCCUGGUAUCGCGGCGACUUUGUGGAGGGACGGCGUGAGGGGCAAGGCGUGGCGCGCCUCUCCAAUGGCGACCGCUACCGCGGCACCUGGCUGGCGGGCCGCCGACACGGGCGCGGCGAGCUGGUGGCGGCAGCCGGCGACCGAUACGUUGGCGAGUGGGCGGCGGGCGAGCGGCACGGACAGGGCAGCUGCCUGUUUGCCAACGGCGACAAGUACACGGGCGAGUGGAGGCACGGCCGGCGGCACGGGUACGGCGAGGUGGUGUUUGCGGACGGCGUGCGGUUCCGCGGCCGCUGGCAGGACGACUGCUGGGUGCAGAGCCUGGCUGACCCGCUCACCAGUCGGGUAGCGGGGCUCGGCAUGCGGCGUGCGGUGGCGGGGCAGGAGGCGCGCUUCUUCAUUGAGGCUCGCGACGACCUGGGCAACAGGCGCCUGACGGGCGGCGACUGCUUCCGGGUGCUGCUGCGCCGGCCCUCACCCGCCCUGCUGCGCAGCCUCACGCCGGCGCCACCACCACCACCAGCCCCCACCACCACACCCCUGGCCCACCCUCACGAGUCAGCGAGCACCGCGACAAACACCACCACAACAGCACCUGACACCCCGGCGUCAGGGGCAGUACCAGUAGCACCAGGGGCAGCACCAGCAGCACAUGCAGCAGUGCUGCAAGUAGGGCUGGACCCGGCGGUGGCACAGGAGGACGAGUCUGCCCCGGGGCCGGUUGUGGCGGAGGGGGCUGUCAGCGACCUGGACGACGGCACGUACCAGGUGUCGUACACGUGCACGUCAGGCGGGCUGCUGGAGCUGCACGUGCUGCUACUGCCGCCGCCGGCCGAGGAGCUGCAGCAGAUGCUACUGCUGGCGGCAGCAGCAGCGGAGGAUCAGGGCGGCGGCGGGGAGGACGGGGACGCCGCGCUGCGGUGUGCCACUGCCGCGUCUGCAAUGCAAGGUGUGUGCCGGCACGUGGGCGACUCGCCCUACCUGCUACGAGUGGCCGCCGGGCCGCCGCACGCCGCCUCCAGCACUGUGGUGGGCCCGGGCCGGCACGGCGCCGCGGCGGGUGCGGGCGGCUGCUGGUUUGCGGUGCAGCCGCGCGACCGCUGGGGCAACAGGCUGACGCGGGGGCAGAUGCAGCUGGUGGUGCAGCAGCUGCAGCUGCAGGCGCAGGAGCAGGCGCAGGCGCAGGCGCAGGCUCGUCAGCAGCAGCAGGGGAGGAAGCAGCAGCAGCAUGGGGCGGGGGCAUUGGCCGCUGCUGGCGGCUGUGGCAGCGGCGGAGCUGUGAUGGGCAUUGCGCCGCUGCAGGUGGAGUUGAGCAAUGGCGCCACGCAGGUGCCGCUGCGCCUAGAGCUGCAGGAGCAGGAAGGCGGUGGGGGCGGGGGCGGGGCCGGCAGUGGGGCUGCCGCUGCGGAGUACCGCUUCACCUACACGGCGCCGCCGGCUCCUGGCAUGUACCGCCUGCAGGUGGUGGAGGCGGCCAGCGGUCGUCAUGUGGGCGGCAGCCCCUUCUCCGUCCGCUUCACGGCGCCCGUCACCGGCGCCGGUCCCGCCCCUACUGCCGCCACCGCCACUUUGACGGCGCCAGCAGGUCUGUGUGCGCCUUGUGGGGCUGGGGGCUGCGGCGUCGGUCCGGCGCAGUACACUGUCGGCGCCACCGGCAGCGGCGGUGGUGCGGGCGGCAGUGGUGGCAUGGGCUGUGCGGCCGUGCCGGUGGCUGUGGUGGAGGUGGAGGCUGAGGCUGAGGCGUCACUGCUGCAGCCGGUGCGGGACCUGGUGUCGGAGUGGGGCCGCCGGGCGGAGGCGGCGAUGCGGGAGGCGGAGGCAGACGCGGCCGGCGACGGCGAGGGCAAGGGCGAGGGCGAGGAGGUGCGUGAGGGACCAGCAGCAGGCGCCCGCAAGACAGCAGCGCUGGGAGCACGUGACUCGGGUGGGGGCGGCACGGCUGCCGCCCGGGAGGCGGCGGCCGCGGCCGCGGCAGCGGAGGCGAUGGCCCGGGAGGCGGCCGCCGCCGGCAUCAGCGACAACGAGCGUGACUACAUCGCGGCGUGUGCCUCGGUGCCAGUGGUGUCAGACAUGCGGGACCUGUGGAAGGUGCACCAGCUGCAGGAGGAGCACAAGGCGCAGCAGCUGGCGGAGCGGCUGCAGCUGCUGGGGACACACGGCGGGUCUGCUGCUGCCGAGACCCCUCGUAACUGAGGCGGACGUAGUCGUCAGUGUCGGUCGGUCCUCGAUCAGUCGGUGUCACAGGACAGUAGUGACUAGGUCCGAGCAUCACACAUCUGUAUAGCGGACUCUGUUGGCGUUACUGGUAUUGUGCGGCUGAGCGGUGCGUGGCAAGGGGCCACAGAAGGCA